GGCGACGAACGUGCUUCCGGCCUCGUGAAACAUCUCAGCGACCGACAAGAUGACAGUAGAAAGGAGAAUAAUUGGAACGGUAUAAGUGGAAUCGCAUCAAACGAGCGCGUGCCGUCCCCGUCUUGGAAAGAACUGUGGAUACCUGAUAAGUUGUAUAUCAUUUUUUUUUUUUCACCCGAGUGACCUUCACUGUGCCCACAACACACGGGACCACGGACCGCUGAGAUACCGUCCACUGCACGCCCUGUUUGAACGCGCGAAGUCGCCGCCUGACGGGAGGGGGCGCUGCGUACGCAACAUGCUUUCCACGCUGUACUGCCUGGCGACGAUGGCACUUAUCGCAGUUGUGCGAACACAAAGCGACGACGACCUGUUUAUUCCCGGAGAGGAGACGCUGGCGAGGCUGCUACCAGAAUACGAUGAAGCGGACGAGGAAGCUACAGAAGUGUGUCCACGAGCGAAGCCCGGACAAGACGACCUGCCAGGAUUCGACAUGAUCCGCAAGUUCCGGUUGGACGACGUCCAGUUUGAGUUCCCGGGCGUCAAGCGGGUGACCGGCUCCAACAGCCUGCAGACUGCGUACAGGCUGUCCCGGAAAGCGGAGCUCGUACUGCCCACCAGGGCGGUGUUUCCUCUGGGUCUCCCCGACGAGUUCUCGUUCGUGGCGACGUUCCGCAAGCGCAGUAGUCGCACCGACCCGUGGUUCCUCAUGCGCGUCACCGACGUCCAGGGGGCAUCACAGUUCGGACUGAACGUGAUCUCCAGGAAGAACCGGCUAGACUUCUUUGCGCAAGACGUCACCGGAAACAGGCAGACGCUGCGGUUCAGAAACGUCCGGGUCGACGACCAGCAGUGGCACAAGGUGGACAUCAGCGUGUUCAGGGACCACGCGGUGCUCUACCUCGAUUGCGAGAAGCACUCCAGUCUCGAGCUCGUCCAGAGGGCGCCCAUUGACGUCAACGGUGACGUCAACAUCGGAAAGUACGAGUCGGACCUCUCCACGGUGCCGAUGGACCUGCAGUGGAUGGUGAUGAGCUGCAAUCCUGCGAGGCCGGAGAGGGAGACCUGCUUCGAGCUGCCGCCAAGGGGGACUCCACCAGCCCCUACGCUGCCAACGCCCACGGAGCCCGGCUUGCCUCUGGAGUCCGCGUGCAUCGAGUGUCCCCCGGGCUCACCAGGUCUGAACGGCACCGACGGUCUACCAGGAACGCCAGGUUUGGCUGGACUCCCUGGACUGCCUGGUGCACCAGGUUUCAAAGGCGAGAUUGGUGUUGCAGGGCUGCCAGGACUACCAGGAGUGGAUGGCUUGCCUGGACUGCCUGGACCAUUGGGACCUAUCGGCCCUAAAGGCGACACUGGAACACCAGGAAUCCCCGGCAUUCCAGGUCUGAAAGGCCAGAAAGGAGAUGGCGGAAUACCUGGAGAACCAGGACUCCCUGGUGUCCCUGGGACCAUGGGACCAAGAGGGCCACAAGGGCCACCAGGCAGUACAGCAGUGGUUGAGGGACCUCUUGGGCCUCCAGGAGAUCCUGGGCCACCAGGACCAAUAGGCGAGCAAGGGUUACAAGGACAACCAGGACCCUUGGGACUACCAGGAAGCAAGGGUGAACCAGGUGAAAGAGGCAACACAGGAGCAACUGGUCCUCGUGGCUUUCCGGGCGAACAAGGACCCAAAGGUUCACCAGGAAGCACAGGCCCCCGUGGUCCACCUGGACCCCCUGGGCGUGACGGUAUCCCAGGAGUCACAGGAUCAGGGCCAUCGUCUCCAGGCUUGCCCGGACGGCCAGGUGUGCCUGGAGAACCUGGAACUCCAGGACCACAGGGUGAAAAAGGCAGUCGUGGCCUACCUGGCCCACAAGGCAUUGAAGGUGAAAAGGGCGGCAAAGGCGAUCGUGGCAUUCCUGGUCUUCCUGGUGUGGCAGGCCCGAAGGGUGACAGGGGUGAAAGAGGCUACCAAGGCGACGCUGGUUCGAAGGGUGAUCGCGGUCCACCUGGAAUUGAUGGAGCAAGAGGGGAGCCAGGUCUGAUUGGACUGCCUGGACCUACUGGAGCAGCGGGUGCUUUGGGCUUGCGUGGUCAAAAGGGUGAAAAAGGAGAGAAUGGACAGCCCGGAAUUCCUGGAGAGCCUGCCAUCCCUGGCGAGCCAGGACCUCAAGGUUAUGUUGGGCCAAAAGGAGAGCCUGGAUCUGAUGGAAUGAAGGGUGCCAUGGGACCAAUGGGGCCGAGAGGAUUCCCUGGCCUCCCCGGCCUGCCCGGGCCCCCAGGACGACCAGGAAAGCAAGGACACGACGGAAUAGAGGGACCAAAAGGAGCCAAGGGCGACGAAGGACCACGAGGACCAGAGGGAUCGCCUGGUGAAGUGGGCCCUCCAGGAAUACAAGGCCUCACCGGCAAGCCAGGGCCGAAAGGUAUCUUUGGUGACAAGGGCCUCCGUGGACCAGAAGGACCGAGGGGACUGCCAGGGCCACAGGGUCCGCCAGGAACUCCAGGAAAUCCAGGACCCCCAGGUCUACCAGGACUCAUGGGGCCGAGAGGUCCUCAGGGACUGGAGGGUCCUCCCGGACAGCCUGGUGAAAAGGGCGAGUGCAUCUACCAAGCCAGGGAAGAAUACCUCGUUGCACCAAGCAGGCCGGGAGCAACAGGAGCCAUGGGACCACCAGGAAUGCCGGGUGAGCGAGGAGCACCCGGCGAGCGUGGAGCUCCUGGCGUCCCCGGCCAAGUGGGCAUGCCUGGUCCAGGCGGAUCGCCAGGACAGCCGGGAACACCGGGAACCAGGGGACAGCCAGGAAUGCCGGGCCUACCGGGACCUCCGGGUCGUGGAUUCACUGAGGAAGAAGUGAGAGAGUUAUGCUCAGCUGUGCUUCGAGAGCAGUUGAGUGAACUCACAACGAAGAUGCGCGGGCCUCCUGGUCCCCCAGGGAAAGGGAAACCAGGAAAGCCAGGACAACCGGGACCCCAAGGGUCACCAGGUGACCCAGGCACACCAGGACUGCCGGGAGAGCGUGGGUUUAUGGGACUACCCGGGCUCCCAGGACCACCAGGACUACCCGGUCCCACUGGUGAAAAGGGUGAUAAAGGUGAUCGUGGCCCCGAAGGAGUUGGUGUGGAAGGUCCAAUUGGCCCCCGUGGAUCUCCAGGAUCUCCAGGCCCGGUUGGCGUGGGCCACCCAGGGCGGCCCGGCGAGCGGGGACCCCCGGGUCGCCUAGGACAGCCAGGCCCCCGCGGCCCACCAGGAGCGCAGGGACCGCCCGGCUACUGCGAGAUGUGCAACUACGAAAUGCCUGACCUGCUGCACAUGUUGCACAUGAACACCGUCCAACAGAACAACAAGGGACCCUAAGUAGACAGUGCGCGAUAACAUGGCUGUGGACAAAGCCAGGACUGUGCCGAGUUCCCCAGAGCUACAGAAGAGAACUGGAUCUCCUUCUCUUCUUUUUUUUCCCCACAGUGCGCAGGUUUCUCUUUUGCACAGAUUUCAGCAGUUGGCAGUGAACAACAAGUGAAAUGUACUUUACCUCCGGGCCUUUCACUUGUGGGUAGACGUGUGCUAACAUCUUCGAAAGGCUGGGAUGUUUAAAUGUCCGUGAGCAUGAGCUUUCGUACCUUUACAAGCUAUUACAGUCGCACCUUCUAUAACAAAGUCACAUCCGACACAAAAAUGUGUUCAUCAUAUCUGAUAUUCGUUAUAAGCGUAUUGUUAUGAUCAAGGUGUUUCUUUUAAAGAUGACUUAGGGAUGGUUGAGGUUGGCCAAGACCAACACAGAGGCAGCCCAGCCAAACGUCCAUCUUCCUUCUCUACUAUCCAUCUCGACGGUCGCUAGCAUUUUCUGGUACUUUUUUAACUGUUGUUCCUUUUUUUUUUUAUGAGAAUUUGUGACAAUACAUUUGUUCCAUGCUGAAAUCUACAAGACACAUUUUAGAUUUACUCCAUUAUAUAUGAUCAUUUGUUAUACCAGUGUUUGUUAUAAUAUCGAGGGAUGACUGCAGCAUACAUUGCUCAGUGCGACAAGGAUCACAUCCGCCAAAUGUGAGUGAUACAGGACAGCUAAAGGACAUGUUUUUUCGGUGUUGAAAGUGGAAAGUCCAAGCUAACUGGAAACGCCGCAGCUUUCGAAGCUGCUAUUGCCACAGUGUUGUUCUGGUGUACAAGAACACCUCAGUGACCCAGCAACACUAGGUGGUUGUGGACAUUACUGAGGCAUUGUCACAUGAGGUGCACCUCUCAUAAUGCCGCUAUUUAGGGAGGCUUACCUGCGGUAAAGGUAAGCUUAGCGGGCCUCGUUCUCCAACGGUCCUGUCUGAUGGCUGUGUAGUCGAUUAUCUUGGGCUACCUGGUUAGCUCCUAUUACCUCCGUAAUGUUGCGUAUUCACUGAUUCAUGCCAGGUAAACGGUCCUUGCUGGCAAAAAUUGAAAUCAGAAAACGGUACAUGAGAAAUUGUCAAAUAAUAAAUUAUUUGCGGCAUAUUCGUGCAUGUACACUAUUACGGUUACCAAAAAUGGCAUGAGUUAAAAAAAAUGCUAAGCGCAAGCCAAAUAUGGCGUUUCCAUUCUUUUAGCGUGGACAACAUCUGAAUGUAUCGCAUGGUUGUACUCAGUUAAUGUACACAUGCAAGAGAAAAUGCAUCUGCACAACUUCUGCCACUCAUGAAAUUGAUUAAAAUACUACCUGUUAAUAGUAUGAUCAUUUCUGAUCUUGCAUAACAACCUAAUACGAUGGCACACAACCUAAACUUGCGUAUACUAAUGUUAAGAAAAUAUAGUGACUAGGAAGAGCACACAUACCCAUGACACAGUGUAGAACUAUGAACAGUUUAUUUUAGUUAGAAAAUAAGGAACACACAGGUGGCCCUCACAUGGGCACUGAUACAAUGGUGGGCUCAUGCUGAUGUCAUCAGUUAUCAUUUUCUGACUAAUAUCUUAUUCGCUCGGUGCAAUGCCAUAUAUUUGCUUCCGUUAUCUAUAGCACGAUAACAUGAGGGCAGUUGUGAAGAAAGAAGGGACAGAAAGGAAGAUUGAGUUGUACUAUAGUAACUUGUGACGUGUCACAAGAAUGGUAAGUGACAAGUUUGUGUUCAACAUAGUAUACUUAAAUCUGUGUUCUUGUGUUCAUGCCGCUUUUUGUAUCACGAAAUGAUGAAGCAACGAUGCAAAAAUGCCUAGCAAGAAAGAAAGAAAUGGCCAAAAGUACUCUUCUGGUUGGACCAGACUAUCCAUGCAAGCAGUCUAUCUUUACAUACAACAUUAUCUUCAACAUCGACCAACUUUCAAGACAAUCAAUCGUCAGCUUUCAAGCAGUUAUGGGCCUUGAAAAUGGCCUUGAAGAGUUUAUGCACCAGUCAGUGUGAUAAAAAAAAAAAAUGACAAAGGGCCUCCAGUAAGGGCCAGAAGAUAUAAACUAAAUAUGUUAUGCGUGAAAACAUUCAGCCAGCAUUCAAGGUAGGCCGGGGUUGUCAAGCCAGCAUUUAAAGUGUGAUUCAGUCAUCAGUCACUACUGAAGAUGACACGCUUGCAAUCUGUGAGCAAACAACUUGAUCCUUUUACUUUCCUCAAGUGCUGUAACGACUGUCAGUACUCCCCUUAUUUCCCAAUACUGCCAUUGAAGUGCUCCUAUUAACAAUAUCAUGUUUGCUCCACGGACCUUGACCAGCUUUUGCACAAACAGUGUGCGAAUGUAAGCAGAGCUCAGCAUUGGGUGUGUUGCUUUCGCAAAGCUUUGCUGUGUAAUGUGAAAUGCCUCUGUACAGGUUUGUGGCAAAGAUUAAUGUACAACAAUAAAAGAUACUUAAGCCUUCACCUCAAGUACACUGCCACAGGAUAAUUUUGUAUGAGCGACCCUUUCCACAAUUCUAUGGACUAUAGACAGGUUUUGCAGCAAGCAAAACCUGUCUAACUUGACGUAUUAAAAGACAGGUCUCUUUGUUCAUUUUGUUGCUUUCCUUUCUGUGUAUUAGGACACCAACAUGCUUUGACACUGUUUGCCAUCAGCGUUACUAGAGGUAAUUUAGUAACGCUGGUUUGCCAUGUGAUGUCCAACACGUUGCACGAAGGUAAACCAAAACAUUAUGGAAAUUUUCUUCAAAAAGCUGCGUAAAUAAAAAUGUAACUCAAUUCUCUUGCAUUUUAUUUCCAGCUAUCGUGUUACUUAAUCUGUGUCGUAACAAAUGACUGGUUAAAAACUUCUGUACCUUCAUGACUCACGACUACGUUGCUUUCAGCAGUGUGCUUUUUCUCUCGAGGCCGGUGUCUCUCACCUAAAUAAAACAAGCCUUAAUUCAGGAGCUCCGACACAGGAAUGGAGAAAUCACUUUUCUCUGCAUUCACAGCACCGAAUUUGACUAUAUUUGUUGC